UCUUCUUUCUAUUGUAUAUAUGAUCCUUUUCCUUUUAUUGAUGGGUUUUGAGUUGCAUUUGUACCUUUCUGCCUAUGGCAAGUAUUUGGACUCCAUCCUUCGAUGUGUUUAUCAAUAAGAGAAAAAUGGCAUCGUAAAGUUUGGUUUAGGAAUUCAGCAUAACUUCAAUGUGCCAGAGUUUGGUAAAUGGGAAAGUGAAGUCCCAUACACAGUCUAUUUUGAUAAUGCAAGGAAGGGUAAGGAUGGUGGAAGCAAGAGUGCUGAGGUAGAAAGGUCAGAGCAUGAGCACAAUAGAAGCCAAGAAGAUACCGAGUUAAGGAUGGUAGCUGAUUCGACAUUGCAACAUGACACUGCAGGCCAGAGGGCUGCUUUGGAAUUUCGCAAUCACAAUGGUGUACGAUCUGGUAGUAACAAUGCUAAAGGGUUAGCACCUAAAAGCUCAGAAGCAUUAAGGUCAAAGAAUGAGCAACAUUUGAGCCUGGAAGGUGAUGAAGUAAGGAGACAUUCUGAUUCAGCAAUGCCUCGUGAAGCUGUAGGUCAGAGAGUCUUAUCAGAUUUACCUCUUCAUCAUCGUGUUGGCCCAUCCACUGGCAACAUCCCUAAAAGGGCUAUGCAGCAGAGUGCAGGGGCUGAUCACAGCAUUGAGCACUCACCUCUGCACCAACAUUACCAGCCAAGGAUUGGAGGAGGCAAAGGCAGUGGAGUGUCUUCUCCCUCAUGGGAAAGGAAGGGUUCAUCUCAAGGCAGUAGCCAUGGCUUAGCUCCAUUGACUCCAGGAAGAUCUCGACUAAGAUCAGUUGCUCGAGACAAUGAAACUCCUGAUCACAGUGCUGCUGUUCCAAAAUUUGGUGACUGGGAUGAGAGCAACCCUGCAUCAGCUGAAGGUUACACUGCUAUUUUCAACUUAGUGAAACAGGAGAGGCAGGUUGAGGCAGGAAAUGCACCAGUUGUGGCAAGUGGAACUCCUUAUUCUAAUGGUCUUCAUAUGCAAUCUGAUAAUAAAAAUUCCAAGGGCUGUUGCUGUUUUCCCUGGGCCAGAAAAUGAUAUAUGGUAUAUGUGGAGAAGUAGAAAGCGGCUGCGGUGUACAUUUAUAUAGCUUGGGUGACAUUUUAUGCAUAGAGUAACGUCUCUUAACGUCUCUUUACUGAGUGUAUUGUUUCACUUGGAAUGCAUUCUUUCACUUGUUAGUGGAUGUGACCUGAAAGAAGUUGGGAUUUUGAAGGAAAGGCAUUUCAUUGCCCAGAAAAAAAAUAAAAAUGUUUGAUUGGGGAGCAGUAACCAGGUUUUCCGUUUUCUAGUUUAUCCUGUGUGACUAUAUGUUACUCUUUACCAUAAAUGUUUAGUCAUACUUUGUGCUUAAACUGCCUAUCUUAAGAGAUACUUGUUUUGCUUUUA